CAAUUUUUGUCAGACUUUCAUCGCGAGACGCAGCGUUAUAGUGACAUUAAAACCCCUCACGUGUGCAUAGUUUGUCGAGGAACGAUAGAGUUUGAUCCCACUAACGUAACGUGUGCUGGCUGGGACAGCUGCGGUAAACAUUAGGCAGUAACACGACAACCAUGGACUUCUUUCUUCGCUUUUCAUUAUGCAACCGAGUGGAUCAUCCUGCUGAAUAUUGAACUAGAAACUCUUUCUCUUCUAAAUUUGAAGCAGGAGAUUAUAGGCUGCUGCAGGAGAGGAGGCUAAAUUAUAGUGUCUGGAGAAGUUUGUCUUUCAGUGAGGUGGUGUUACUCAGAAUGCACUUUUGUUCAGUAUUUGUCGACUACGUGGGAGAGUAAAAACAGAUCCUGGAUGGAAGAGUUUGGCUCUGAGUUGACAUCCUGUCUUUUCCAUGCUGUGCACUAUUUGUCGUUGUAAACACGCAGGUACCAGUUUGUUCGUUACACCUUUACAGCUUUAACUAACACAACAGCCCUGCAGUGAGCCCUACCUCCUUUAAAGGUAUAAUGUCCUGUUUUAAAUGAAGCUUUGUGGUCACUUUUGAGGCAAUAAGACGCGUUUCUAAUAGUUUGUCCACCCUGUUUAUAUCAUAUAGAGGAGACUGAAUAUUAUGCACACCUCUCAGUAUAAUGCAAUACUUUUAAACUGCAUUACAAACCAGGAAUUGGUCUCGAGUCUUGCUUUAUGAAGUCCUGAGACAAAUAAAAGUCUAUAUAAACAAGUAAUUAUGCACCCUUCAUGCAAUGAUUGUAUUAUGAUAGAAUGAUUGCCCUUUAAAAGUUGUAGUUAUUACUUUAUAUACACGAUGUGUUUGUAAGGAGUUGAUUGGCUGCAUCACCUUUUUUUAAUAAUAUAAAUGUAAUAUUUGGGCUUAGGGGAGGAUAUCAAGUCAUUACAAAGAAAGAAAGUUCAGUCAUUGGUGUCAGUGUCAGAGUCCAGCCUGUCUCUCCACUUCUGUCAGAAACUGCAGACCAAAGAGUUGAAUCAAACACCGACAUAAAACAGUUCUCUGUCCUCUCUGUGAGCGUCUCUCAGCCGACAUCUGAAGCCGAUCACGGGCGAUCAUUCAUCGCUCUUCCACGGAAGCCUCUCGUGUCACAACGGUUCAUCUCUCAGCGGCUGGAUGCUGUGUGCUGUCACAGCCAGCAAAGCAUUGUGUUCCACCCUCAUUGUGCCGAGUGCGGCAUUUCCAGUAAGCGUCCACGUGUGUGUCACUGAUGGCGUCGCCUCUUUUGUAACCGCUGCCCGGCUGCUGGUGCAGUUACAGGUCACACACACACACACACACACACACACACACUCACACACGCACACUCGGGGCCCCAAUCAGCCAAAUGUGCCCCCCACCCACUCUAGGCGCAUUGAAAGCUACACCUCUCAGGUGUUCUUAACUACUGCACGGAGGCACCAGGUUUACAGCAAACAUGAGCAGCUACAAGUGGGGCCCAGUGGGGCCUUUUCAAGCUAAUUUGACCUUUUUGUUAUGUAGGAGUAACUCUUUUUAUACAGCGGAAGCAUGGACAUUCAACAUCAAAGGGAAUUGAAUUCCACAUUGUUAAAUUGGGUUCAUUUAUUACAAUAAAUAUGGACAUUGUAGUUUAUUAUCACACCAUCCUAGUGGCAAAAAUACUCACAAGCAUACCAAAUGUGUAUUAAUCCGCGACUGAAAGUAGUGCCAAAUGCACUUUGAUUGCUGUUUUAUAAAAAUUACUUUUUUGAAAAGUUUUGAAAUGUUUCUCGUCCAUUUUGGCCAAAAAUAUAAUGUUAAUUUUUGACCCAAAGACUUGCGUAUUCAGUAGAGAUGAAUGGGCGUGACGUGUCACAGGCAGGAUGUCAGGGAGUAUUAAAAGACUCAAUAACUCAUGGGAUUUGUUGACAAUAACACAAAUAUAGAAUAGCACCAUCCCGUCUUUAAGCGGUUCAGGAAUCUGUGUUUAUGUAAUUGACAUGUGUGGCGACAGCAGCGAUGUAGCCCUGCAGCCGGUCGGAUCUCUGUAAUCUCAGCCCCGGAGACUCGUUUGUUUUGGGUCGCGUUAGUACAGCGGUGACUCCACUCAGUGUCAUGUCCCAUCAGGCUUAAUGAAUAAGCUCGUUGCUGUGUUUCAUAAGCUGCAACAACAAUUAACGUGUGAGGUUCUUAUGUUGUCAGCAGUGGUGUGCUGCCCCACUGAUGAAGAUCAAUUAUUAUGUUACUACAGCGGCGGCUGUAAUGUGGAAGAAAGUAGUCCGCUGUCUGAUUUUAAAGGUUUGUGUUUGAGUGUGAUUCUCUCUGGUCUACAUUAGCCACUUAUUAGUUAGUCUGUCGCAAUUAUUACACAAUUGCACGAUUGCGAUUAUUUGACCAUGUUUGCAUAAUCGUCCACGGUCAAUGGCAGAAAAUUGGCAUUGACUUUAAUGUUGGUUGAGUGCUAAAUCUGGGCUCAGUGUUGCUCAAGGUUUUCCAUCAAAUGCAAUGUUCAAGUAGACGGUGCGACACGCAGAGAGACUCUAUGAAACGAGUAAUCGUCAAUAAUUUGUCAAUUGUCAAGCAGAAAUCCUAAAAAGAAGAUCGUAAUAAGCAUUUUUCACAAGCUUGUGACAUUCUAUAGACUAAACCAUUAACUGUCCGACACCCAAUCAAGCAAAUCAAACUAGAGCAAAUAGAUCAUAAAGUAAAAGUUUGUGUCACGGCCAUUGAAGGGCAGUUGAGUGGAAAAAAAGCCAAACAACAAAUGUUGGGCCAAAGGACGUGAACGUCUAGCCUCCUUUCUUUCUCUGUAUCGUCACACUCACUCGCCCUCUCUCUCGCUGCCUUUGCUGCCUCGGGCCCUCUCCUCCCUCUCCUUCUGAAUGACAUUUCUGUAACGACGCCGUCUGAGCUCGGCCUCCAUCCUUAGCUCACUGUGCGCCACACGCAGCCUCACAUCUGUAUCAGACCACUUAAUGCCAAUAAUGGCAACUCGGCUUGAUUAAGAAGGCAAGCAUCCUCCAUCUUUCUUGACUCUCCUGGAGAAAGAGUCAACAAAACACUCACAAGAGACCAAUUUCAUGUGAGAAAGUUUGAUGAAAAUGCAGUUAACGUCAAUAAUGAAUUUCUAUACAAACAUCUACAAUGCUUUGGUAGUGUGUGUGUGUGUGUGUGUGUGUGUGUGUGAUGUCACGCAGCGGCACAUAAAUGCACUUCUCUCUUGUGAUGUGUCUGCUAACCGAGCUUCUAUAAUUAACACGGCCUGCAGCGCCUCAUGGGGAGCACAUUAACACACACGAGUGGAGGAGCAAGAACCAGAGCACAUGCACAAGUCAUACCGUGUGUGUGUGUGUGUGUGUGUGCGUGUGUGUGUGGGUGUGGUUGGCAGUAUCUCUGACCGCUGAUGUGUGCAUCUGUAUAAUAAUAUGGGAAUAAAAAGGAUGCACAAACUGAGUAUUACGCCACUUUUGUCAAAUAAUUGAGAUUUUUUGGGGGGAUAAUCAUGCAGCUGUGUAGAGUGCAUACUCUGUGUACAGUGUGUGCUCUGCCCUGCACUCCCCUCCCCUCUCUGUACAUGUAACCUCACACUCCUUCUCACGUCCUCCAUCCAGGGAUGUGGAAGUGCACGUGAACAUGACAUCCCAGCGUAAUUCUUCUUUGGUGAAGUAAUUAGCCGCAAGAAGGUUGGAGAGAUGUCGUAAAACGUUUACAUUAUCUGCUGCGUGCCACAUUAUAGCUCCACACGCAAUCCCAUAAAUCACACCGGGGAUCACAGGUGCAUUGAGUUGAGGCCUUCUGUCCGUUUGCUCCAUGCCGUCUACUCCGAACUUGCGAUAAAGAGGCAACCUGGUGUGGAUGGAUUGCUGUGGUGCAGGAGCGCUGAACGGCCAUUGUUAUGUAAUUUCCUCUCGCCGUGGAUUGGUCGGGGCCGUGGGGUUUGUUGGUGGGCUCAGCGCGAUAAUCUCACGAGCAUUAUCCGUCUCUGGGAAUCAGCGGUUGUUGCGGGAGGAAAGACUCGCUCAUCCGUGCCUGGUUUUUGUAGAGCGACCAAUGAGCUGGGCUGCUUCUAUCAUCCAUCUUAGCCAAACGGGUUUAUCCUUGAGCACGAAGUCCACAUGUUAAGGACCAAUCUAUACUCAUUAGUUUAGGCAGUUCCCCGAUUCAUCGCACUUCCUCUCUCCAGUUAGUCCAACGGCUGACGAGCUGGCUCUGGGAUGUGUGGUUAUUAUCUGAAGAUGGUACCAAAGAAGCAUAUUAUUAUAUAUAUUCAAACAGUCCUAACAACAACAACAACACUGCCACACCACCUAAUCGCAGGGAUUGUGAUGCGACAGCUGUGUCCGGAGGCAUUAAGUUUUCGGGUUGUCCGUCCCGUUAUCGUGCACAUUUUGGCACAAACUUCCUGUCGGACUCGAGGUUGAACUGAUUCAAUUUUGAUCGCCCCUCCCAUUCUCCUGAACUGAAUAAUUCACACGACAAUUAUGACAACUUCACACAGAAGUGACGACAUUUUGACCAGACGUGUGUGUGUGUGUAAACAUGACUAGUUGGAGGCAGACCACCAUGAGGCAUGUAAAAAUAACAAUGUAAGUUAUUUCAAGUUUUGCAAAUACAGGAGACGUUAAAUAUAUUCAGACAUUGGAGUGGACUGUGAAAGAAAAUGAAUAAAACAUAUAUAAAAUAAAGCAACACAACCAAGCAGACUCUCGGGCUCUGUUAACAAAAAUGUGCAAUGUGUGCGCAAUGCCCAAGUCCUAUAAGGACAGAGGGAAAAGCUUUCUGUUUAUGGCUUUAUGUUGACUAAAAUGUUUGUUCUGUAAACAAACAUGCACGUCAACACAACAGACAACACAGAGAUCAGCAGCAAUAAUAUUCAAAUAUUGCUUGAUAAGCCAAUACAGUAAUUAUUGGAGCAGGCCUACCUUAAAAAAGACAUCUACUAGAUUCAGCUGCUUGUGCUGAAGCACUUCGUUGUGUUUUUUGUAAUCGUGUGUGUGUGUGUGUGUGUGUGUGUGUGUGUGGGCCAGAGUGUGUCUACCUGGCCGCUGCAUGCGGUGGCAGAUUGUAAAGGUAAAGCGCUGUAAGCUGCGAUGCUGCUGUUUCUCUUAUUCAUGCAGAGGACACAGGAGCUGUCAGUGGUGUUGUUCCGCUGCUGGUGAAAUAGUAAUGAGUGUGCAUAACGGAGCUCAGUGUGCUUUACAGCCCCGUUGGACCUGGAGGCGAGCCAGAGCAUCGCGUGUGUGUGUGUGUGUGUACCGAUGAUGGAGACAGGACGGGAGGCUUCGGCUACCGCUGUAGAAAAGCUAAUCGUUUGGGCUCAAAUAUCACAAAAACCUUAAUUUGAUAAAUAAUUCACAGUAAUGUGGAUGUAAUGACUAAAUGGGUAAAUAUUAGACGGUCUGGUAAGUUCAGAAAAUUACAUGAUUUUACUGUAAUGCAGCAGUUAAACUUGCCAUAUUGGGAUACAUAAAAUCAUACACUAUAUCUAGUUUCAUAUCACAACCUAAGACAUCUUAAACCCUCUAAACUUUGAUCAUCAAUACAUAGUUUCAGUCACUUUUCAAGCAAAAAUCUGAAGAUUUGUUGCUUUCAUCUCUUUUUCUUAUUGUAAGUUUAAUAUUUUAGUUUUGUUUGUCUGACAAUACGAGAGGUUUGGAGACGCCACACUGAGCUCUGUGAGGAUUUCAGUUUGAGUUUGCAUUGUUAGAGUGUUGUGUCUCCUUUUAAAGGUUGAGUAUCAAGCCUUAAUGUUGUGUUAUUAACUUCACUUUGAUUGGAAUGGAGUCUGAUUUACUUUACACAAAUGUCCUAAUGUCCUAUAUGACUGAUGGGUAGAAAGUCCUCACAAGUCAAUACUGCUCUGGUGAGUUUAAAGUAACUACAUACUUAAAACACUGGAAAGCCUCUUUAGCUUCAGACUAAGUCGCUCAUUUUGACUUAACACUGAAAAUAAAGACACAACAACAAACAGAUAAUGUCACCGCUAAUAGUACUUUAACGUGAUUUUUGUGAUGAGACGGGUAAGAGGGAGACGUUUGAGGAGCUUUUUAUUUAUUUUUUAACUUGUGUGGUAUUGCGGUAGAAUCCUUUGGCUGUGUCUCAUGAAACCUUAUACUAUAUAAACAACUGACUUUGGGGUAUUGGCUUUCAAAGAGUUUCAUUUCUAUUUAAGAACACUUUAAGGUUUCUUUACACAACACUUUGUUGCUUUGCUCGUUUCCUCGUGAGCACACAGGCUUGUGAUCUGCUGACCUUUGGACUUUUCAGGCAUUGAGCAGAGCUCGAUAUUCUCGCUGAGCAAGCACUUCAGCUGUUUCAAUUCCACCCUCCUAUUGAUAUCCAACACUCUCUAUCGCUCUCCACCAAUAUUUAACUAGAACUGCAUUUUUUGGGGGGGGGGGGGAUUCCCCUGCUGUGUUUUUUAUGUACGGUGUUUACCGGAGCGUGUCUGCAGCAACAUUACACCCACUCCUGUUCUCCUCGAGGCCGAGAGAGAAUGCUUUGCAUUGUGUUCAUGUUGGACUUUGCAUCACAAAGGUGUAGUUUUCACAGCUCCAGCCAUCACCUUAACACGCUCUCCGUUCCCUAACGUCGGCCCCAUUAGGGCCGGCAUCCUCGGCCAUCUGCACCGGGACUCAUUUGUCAUUUCACGCCGUUUAUUGUUGUUUGGAAGUCUCCCCCUCAGCCUCACCCCGGGAUACCGGACCUCCCCCCUCUGCCAGCCCUGCAGGGGUGUGGCCUGAGGACGGAGAUUUGACAAUGCUGCUCCAAUUUCCCAACCCCCCACCCACCAUGCAUCCCUACAUUCCUGCUGCUCCCUCCCCGUCUUCAUCUUCCACAGAGGUUUGGGAUGGGGUGGAGCAUCUGUUCCCUCUCAGAGCUCUCUUUGGAUAUACCCCCUCUGGUAGCACUUAUUCUCAAUCACUGUCAUCACCACACACAAACAAAUAUAUAUCUGAGCUGCAUCACCCUUUUCUCUCCAGUCUUUUGAUGAUCUGGUGACUCAAGCGUUGAGUACAUUUUUCUUAAUGUCACCCUGAAAAUGUUGCAGAUGGCGAUACCUUUUGUUAACUCUUUAAUUGUAUAUCGUGGACUCUGUGUCUGUGCUUCAUUAACACGUCGCUAAAUGAUGAACCCUCUCCGUGUGCGUUGAUGCAGGCGAGAAGCAAGACGCAGCCGAACCUGACCCCAGAACUGUGAGAUGCUCAGAGACCAGCUGACAGGUGAUUUUCAACAUUCAGAAGACAAACCAGUGUGUUAGGACGCGCCUCCACUCGUUAUCACUGGGAAGCCCAUGCACAUGCACGACACCAUGGGCAGCUCCCCUGAGGUGCUCUCGUGGACCUCCUGCCCCAGUCUGCUGGUGGGCAAGCUGAAGGAGGAGCUCAAACACACCGUGGUCGGGGACACCGUGAAGAAAUCGAACUCGCCCAACUCCCAACCUCAGCCUCCUCAGGGCCCUCCAUCCAACUUACCUCCUCAGAUUAUCACAGACCUUGCGCCGCCGACACACCUGCCCGUUCCCCUGCAGACUCUGGAGACGCUAGAGACGCUGCAGACGCUGGAGACACUGCGGACGCCGCAGACGCCUGGCCAGGACGAGGACUCCGUGCUGGGGGUCCUGAGUCCCCAGAACACAGCCUUGAGUGUGGACUCGACGCGGAGCGAGGGCGGGCACUUCGAGAACAGCGUGCUCCAGCUGCAAGAGCAGGACCACGAGGAGGCUAGAUCGCCGGCCCCCUGUGAGCACUGCGGAUGUGGCAGUGGGAUGGAGGAGCAGACGGGAGAAGGGGACUGUCCCGUGGAGCACAGUGAAGAGGGGAAGCAGAGCCACCACCAUCACCCCGAUGACAUCAAGCUGCACUUCCAGAGAGCGGGGCCCGGGUCGGGCGGGUUCUUAGAGGGGCUGUUCGGUUGCCUUCGGCCUGUCUGGAACAUCAUAGGGAAGACGUACUCGACAGAAUACAAGCUGCAACAGCAAGACAUGUGGGAGGUGCCAUUUGAGGAGAUUUCCGAGUUGCAGUGGCUGGGCAGCGGUGCACAGGGAGCCGUCUUCUUAGGCAAGUUUCGCUCCGAGGAGGUGGCCAUCAAGAAGGUGCGUGAGCAGAAGGAGACGGACAUCAAACCUCUGCGAAAACUCAAGCAUCCAAAUAUCAUCAGCUUCAAGGGUGUGUGCACCCAGGCGCCUUGUUACUGCAUCAUCAUGGAGUACUGUGCCCAGGGCCAGCUGUACGAGGUGCUGAGGGCGGGGAGGAAAGUGACCCCCAGGAUGCUGGUGGACUGGGCCACAGGCAUCGCCAGCGGCAUGAACUACCUUCACCUGCACAAGAUCAUUCACAGAGAUCUCAAGUCUCCCAAUGUUUUGGUCACCUACAACGACACUGUGAAAAUCUCCGACUUUGGAACAUCCAAAGAGCUCAGUGACAAAAGUACAAAGAUGUCAUUUGCGGGUACGGUGGCCUGGAUGGCCCCGGAAGUGAUAAGAAAUGAGCCUGUGUCUGAAAAAGUAGACAUCUGGUCGUUUGGAGUUGUGCUUUGGGAACUUCUGACCGUAGAGGUUCCCUACAAAGAUGUGGACUCCUCAGCCAUCAUUUGGGGUGUUGGCAGCAACAGUCUUCACCUUCCUGUCCCCUCGACCUGCCCGGAUGGCUUCAAAAUCCUCAUGAAACAAACAUGGCAAAGCAAGCCCAGGAAUAGGCCUUCGUUUCGUCAGAUCCUCCUACACCUCGACAUUGCCUCUGCUGAUGUCCUGGGAGCUCCUCAGGAGACCUACUUCAAGUCUCAGUCAGAAUGGAGAGAGGAAGUGAAGAAACAUUUCGAGAAGAUCAAAAGUGAAGGCACCUGUAUCCACAGGCUGGACGAGGAGCUGAUCCGACGCAGGCGGGAUGAACUCAGGCACGCACUGGACAUCCGGGAGCACUAUGAGCGGAAGCUGGAGAGAGCCAACAACCUCUACAUGGAGCUCAGUGCCAUCAUGCUGCAGCUGGAGGUCCGAGAGAAGGAACUCAUGAAGAGAGAGCAGGCAGUGGAGAAGAAAUAUCCAGGGACCUAUAAGCGUCACCUUGUCAGACCCAUCGUCAGGACCAACGCUGUAGAGAAGCUCAUCAAGAAGAAAGGAAGCAUGUCCCACAAACCGGGGAUGCCCCCCACUAAAAGACCCGACUUGCUUCGUUCUGAUGGCAUCCCCAGCCUCGACCCACUCCCCUCCCCUUCACCUCUAUCAGCCAGCCCGAAGGUGUCGACGCCUCCCGGUAAAGCCCGCUACCGAAGCAAGCCCCGUCACCGCCGGGCCAACAGUAAAGGAAGCCACAGCGAGUUCCCCGGGCUGCUGAAGCCUCUUGCUGGGGCAUUAGAAGACACCCGGUCUCUCCAGGAGCAGCCGUUCCUCCAUCACCACCACCACCACCCACAAACCGAGGGGCCCUUCCUCCCCUUAAAGGGUCGGGAGAUGGCCGUUGUCAACUGUGCCAACAACCUGCGCUACUUCGGCCCCGCCGCUCCCCUCCGUAGCCCGCAGACAGACCACCUCCAGCGCCGCGUUUCUGGAUUCAGCCCCGACCUCAUAUCCACCGCUGUGGAUGCAGACACGCGACAGCGGACUUCGUCCGCCAGCUCCAAUCCUGUUCCAGGUGCUAGUGCUGGUGCUUUGUGUCCCUGCUGCCAGGCUCACCCCUUCCCUGGCUGCCUACACUGUCAGGAGACCCCUCCUGCAUCAAGCCAUCCGGAGUUGCCCCGCUACUCUCUGCUCAACACCCAGGAAGGUACCGCAUCUUCUUUGGGGGCUCCCAGCAAAGAUCCCGCCUCGGACGGAGAGGCCACAAAGAAGGCUCAGCCACAAGAACAAGAGGCGUCCCAGCGCACUCGCACCCUGCUCACUGCACUGCCCCGCACGCUCAGACCUCUCAGGAAGGGUGGUGACGAGUCAUCUGAGGAGGAAGAGGGUGAGGUUGACAGUGAAGUAGAGUUUCCAAGGAGACCGAGACCUCAUCGCUGUAUGAGCAGCUUCCAGUCCUACUCCACAUUCAGCUCAGAGAACCUGUCGGUGUCUGACGGAGAGGAGGGAAACACCAGUGACCACUCCCACAGCGGGCCCCUGGAGAGGCUGAGCACCAGUCAGGAGGAACAUCUGGAUGAGCUGCUGUCGCACACGCCGGACAUCCCCAUCGACAUCUCCACCCAGUCAGAUGGCCUCUCUGACAAGGAGUGCGCUGUACGCCGGGUGAAGACCCAGAUCUCACUGGGAAAACUGUGCUCCGACGAACACAGCUACGAGAAUCCACUACAGUUUGGGGAUUCAGACUGUGAUUCAUCAGAAGCGGAGUGCUCCGAUGCCACCAUCAGAAACAACAAAGCCGGGGCUCCUUCCUCGUGGUGAA